AUUGUCCAAUGAAUUCCCUCGUAAGAAAAUCAACUGGCGCAAGUUUUUGAACUUCCGGAAAUAGAUAUUCUGCACAAAAACUGUUCAGAAAACUUUUCGCUACCCAAAUCCUCCUCAUUUCUGAUGGUAAAAAUCAACUGCAGUGGAGUAUAGUAUGAAGACAACCUAAAAUUAACGUGCAACAUAAGAGACCAUGCCAAGGGGAAAAGCAAGGACAGCAGCGACUGCAAGAAAACCAAGGGCACCCAAUCUUCCUGCACCUUUUGUAAAUGGCACUAUCUUGAAAGAUCUCAGAAAGAAGGAAUGGAAACUUGGGGAUGAGGUUGGCAAGGGAGGCUUUGGUCUAAUUUAUCUGGCUGCAGAAGACGUAGAUUCUCCAGUGGCACAAACAGCUGAACAUGUCAUAAAAAUAGAACCACACUCCAAUGGACCUCUGUUCUGUGAACUUCAUUUUUAUCAGCGAGUGUCCAAGCCAGAGAUGAUUAAUGCCUGGGCUAACAGCAGAAAGUUGAAAUACUUGGGAGUACCAAAGUACAUCACACAUGGGAACCACACAAGAGGAAAUGAAAACUUUCGCUUUUUGGUCAUGCCUCGCUUUGGAACAGACUUGCAGAAAAUAUUUGAAGGUUGUGGAAAACAGUUCUCCAAGGAAACAGUUCUUGCUCUGGGAUUAAGAAUGGUGGAUGCUUUGGAGUACCUACAUGAGAAUGGAUAUGUACACGCUGACAUUAAAGCGUCCAACAUACUUCUGGGUUUCGACAAUAAACAAGAGCAGCAGGACCAGGUAUAUCUGGUUGACUAUGGUUUAGUUUUGAAGUAUAGCCCAGACGGUUCCCACAAAGAAUACAAAGAGGACCCGAGAAAAGCCCACGACGGUACCAUCGAGUUUACAAGUACAGAUGCUCACAAAGGUGUAGCCCCCUCUCGGAGAGGAGACAUGGAGAUUUUAGCUUUUUGUAUGUUACAAUGGCUAUGUGGUAAACUGCCAUGGGAAGAUAAAUUAUUGGAUAAAAACUACGUAGCAGAUUCUAAAAUCAGAUACAUGGAAGACAUCCCUGCCCUGAUGAGAGCUUGUUUUUCUAAGGGAGAAUCACACGGUGAAAUAUCAAAGUUUCUGACUCUCAUAUUAAAAUUGGGUUAUGAGGAGAAACCAGAUUACAACAAAUACAAGACACUGUUUAAAGAUGGAUUAAAGAAAUUAGGAGUGAAAGAUGAAUGGAAACUCCAUCUGCCAGUAGCUGGGACUUCUGCAAAGAAGAGUGUGAAGAGAAAAAGUGAAGAAGCUUCCGAGUGUUCUACUCCAAAGAAAAAAGUCAGAGGAACUCCGAAAGUAGCCACCACAUCAGGCUCUCUUCAGCAUACACCUAAACCAGCCGCCAAGCCGCGACAAGGCACUCCCCAGACAGCUAGGGGCACGCCCCAGAGAGCGAGGGGUAGGGGCACGCCCCAGACAGCGAGGGGUAGGGGCACUCCUCGGACGGGCACUCCCAGAGCCACGGCAUCCAGAGCAAGCAUCAAGUCGCCAAUGAAAGGAGACUCAGUAAACAGCCCUCAAACAAUAAAAAGUCCAGCGAAAGUUCAAACUGUCAAAAGUCCAGUCAAGUCUCCAAGUAAAGGCAAUAAUUCAAAGCCUUCAACACGGCGCAAAGUCAAGAGAAGUAGGGCAAAAAAGGUUGAUGCCUGGGUUCAGACUUCUCCUCGCUGAGCCACAGUGUAGUGCUAAAGUAGGUUCUACAGUUAGAGAUCCAGAUUAAAAGAGCUCUCAGUGGUGGAAACUGUUUUAGUUUGAGAUCAUGUGUGUACUUACAAUUUCGUAAACAUGUGAAUCUCAUUCUGACCGAUCUUGUAUCGGCUGUAGUAACUGUGACUUGUUUAAAUGUGUAGGUUCAUAUUAAAGAUACCAAAACUACUGUGGGACAUUUUAUUGAUUGAUAGUCAAAUUUACAAGAUGCACUUUUUUUAUGUUGGGUCUAUCAAUCCUUUAACUGUAUACAAAAAAAACUUGUCAGUGGUUGUUAAAAAUGUUUUGUUUUUUUAAGAUCAGAAUAAAAAGUUUUUUAAGAAAGUGAAA